AUGACCAUGAUCAACGCAUCACAACCAGCAGCCACGGCGGCCGCCGACACGGUCGAGAUCUGCGUCAUCAACCCCAAUUCCUCCGAGGUCAUCACGGAAGCGCUGUCCGAGGCGCUGCAACCCCUCUGUCCACCCGGCGUAUCGCUGCGCUUCCUCACGGGCCCACCCACGGCGCCAGCAUCGAUCAACGAUGCCCCCACCUCGAUCCUCUCGGCCGCCGAAACAUUCAAGCAUCUCACUUCCCUCUCCCCCUCCAACGACCUGGCGCGGCACCCAUCCUCGGCCUACGUCGUAGCGUGCUUCUCGGACCACCCGCUCGUCGCCAUGCUCCGCCACUCGCUCCCCACAAAACCAAGCCUGCAUAUCCUCGAGGCCUCCGUCAUCCACGCCCUCUCGUGCGGAACACGCUUCGGCGUACUCACCACGGGCGCAGACAUGGUCCCCGACGUCGACGCCGGCGUGCGCCGCAUCUUGGGCGGCGUCUCGGACCGAUACGUCGGCACCGUCGCCACCGGCCUCGGCGUCGUCGAACUCAAGAUGGGCGACCGCGCAAAGGUCGAGAGCACCAUCAAGCACGGCGCUGCUGCCGUCGCGGACAGGGGAGCGGAUGUCGUCAUCCUCGGCUGCGCAGGCAUGGCCGGAAUGGAAUCCCUCAUCCGCCAGGGCAUCGCAGAAGCGGGCCACCAAUCCAACAUGGCCAUCAUCGACGGCGCAAAGGCCGGCCUGCAGAUCGCAGCAGGCCUCGCCAGAUCAAACUACCGCUCCCCGUAG